AUGGCGCUCUCUACACACUGCGUCCACGUAUUCCAGAUGAUCAAGGCGGAUAACACUCUGAUCGAAUGGACGUGCCAUUUGUGCCACUCGGGACCCCACUGGUGGAUCUAUGAAUGCCGGUACUGCAAGAUCCACACGUGUCGUGCCUGCAUGGAUGGGGCCUAG